CUCUUCCCAAAACUACUCUGACUGUGAAGCCAAACCCAGCAUACACUGGAGAGACAGUUACUCUGAAGUGUUCAGUUGGGUCUGACAGUAGAUGGAACUAUCAGAGGUACAAAGACUGGAAUUAUAAUGUCGUAUGCCAGUCUGUCAGACACACUAUAACAGGAGACACCCUCACCAUCAGUAGAGCUGCUGAGUCUGACCAGGGUCUCUACUGGUGUGAAGGGAAAAGAGUGUCUAGACCCACAUCUUCACAACCAAGUGAUCCUGUCACUCUCACUGUAAAAGACUAUCAGCCAAAGACCACACUGACUUCAGACAAAGAGAGUAUAUUCACAGGAGACAGUGUGACACUGAGCUGUACUGUAGAGUCUCCUGGAUGGACGUUAUACUGGUACAGACACAGACCAGACUCUACACCAGUAACCACAACCUCUGGAUACUCCUACACACUCAGCAGGGUCAGUGUCUCUGAUGGAGGACAGUACUGGUGCAGAGCUGGGAGAGGAGACCCAGUCUACUACACCCUGUACAGUGACCCAGUCCAGAUACACGUUACUGAGAGGCCUGUUGCUGUUCUGACCCUCCAACCCAACUGGACCCAGAUAUUCAGUGGAGAGACUGUUACUAUGAGAUGUGACAUGCAGGGAGGAGGAGACACUGACUGGAACUACAGAUGGUAUAAGAAUAGUGAGUUAGUGAUCCCCUUUAAAACAAAGACUGAGUACAGAAUCAGUCCUGUCUACAGGUCUAACAGUGGUUCAUAUACCUGUGAGGGUGUAAAGGGAAACAAGUUCUCCAAGACCAGUGAUGCUGUACAACUGACUGUGUCUGAUCAACCCCAACCUGUCCUGAGUAUCUCUCCUCAGUGGAUGAAUCCUGGAGACUCAGUGGCUCUGAGUUGUGAAGUUGACAAGACGUCAACAGGCUGGAGGUUCUCCUGGUACAGGACUGUUCCCUACAGAGCUGGGUCACCCUCCCUAUCAGACAAGUCUUACUCUCUACAGCCCCUAUCUGACAAUGUGACUAGUGAAGACUCCUACACUCUGAUCCCUGCUGGUCCUACUCCCACAGGAGGAUAUGUGUGUAGAGCUGGGAGAGGAGACCCAGUCUAUGAUACACUCUACAGUCAACCUCAGUUUCUCUGGUCAGGAGAUCUGCAGCCUUCAGUGUCUCUUACAGUAAAUCCCAACAGAACUCAACACUUUACAUCAAAGUCUCUCUCACUGAUCUGUGAGUUGAAGGGGAACUCUACUGGAUGGAGACUGAAGAGAUACACAGAGACAGCAUGGCGGUCAGAGUGUCCAUCUACCUGGAGAUCAAUAACAGAAUCCACCUGCACCAUCACAUCAUUGGACACACGGUCCAGUGGAGUGUUCUGGUGCGAGUCUGGAUCAGGAGAGAACAGUAAUGCUGUCAACAUCACAGUAAAUGAUGGUGAUGUGAUCCUGGAGAGUCCUGUCCAUCGUGUGACUGAAGGAGACACUCUGACUCUGACCUGUACAUUUAGACAUCAGGGAACAAAUCCUAAACUCAAGACUGAUUUCUACAAAGAUGGAACACUCAUCAAGAAUGAGACCACAGGAGAGAUGACCAUCCCUACAGUAUCCAAGUCAGAUGAAGGAUUCUAUAAGUGUACAUCUGAUGAAGGAGAAUCACCAGAGAGCUGGGUGACAGUGAGAGGUUCUGUUGUCUCCAUCUCUCUGCCCAGGCUGCUGUGUGGUCUACUGGUGAUGUCUCCCUUUCUACUGGUGUCCAUCGUGCUGACGGUGAAAUGCUGCAGGGCUCGAGGUAUUGGUGAGAAGAAGGGGAUCGCUGCAGCAUCACUAGUUGGCAUCAUUGUGGGCAUUGUUACCCCAAUUCCCCCACCACCCAAACUUUUAGACUCUUACCAGGAGCAGUACCAGCAUCAGCAGAAGGAGAAGAGGGCCAUCCAGGGGACAAGGAGUACACAACACCAGAAUUGA